AUAGAAGGCAAUAAUCUUUUAAUUAUAGCUGUAAUAUAUUAUAGCUGUAUAUAUUCUCAUAAAAUUAGAAGAGAUUUAGCUUACCAAAUAAAGCUCCCUAGGAUCACUCAAUGUAUAUUAGCUAGCCAUAUAUAGCUCCCUGUAAUCUCUCCUGUAAUUAGCUGUAAUAGUUGACAUUAUUUAUCUAUAUAAUGAGAAUACCUUCUCCCUUGAGAAGACAAUUCAAACCAAUCUGAUAUGGUAUCAGAGCUAUCUCAGUCAUAGUCUUCUUUUUCUAUCAUAGCUUUCAGCCAUAGGCUUGUUUUUUUUUUUUUCUUUUUCCCAAUAGCUUCCAGUCAUAGUUUUCUUAGUCAGCUUUUGUGACUAUGGAGAAAUUAGAUAAUGUUUGUGUCAAAUUCAGUGGGAAAAAUUAUUCUUCAUGGGAGUUUCAGUUAGAGACGUAUAUCAAGGGUAAGGAGCUAUGGGGGCAUAUAGAUGGCAGCACCACUGAAAGUUCUGCAGCUAACAAGGCAACUUGGGCUGCCAAAGAUAACCAGAUCAUGUCAUGGAUUCUUGGUUCCGUGGAACCACAUUUCAUUCUUUCUUUACGUCCACAUAGGUCUGCAAAGACUAUGUGGGACUAUCUCAAGCAAGUGUAUGAUCAAGACAACAAUGCUAGACGCUUCCAGCUCGAGUUAAACAUCGCAAAUUAUAACCAAGGAGAUCUAUCUGUUCAAGACUAUUAUUCUGGUUUCCUCACCUUGUGGAAUGAUUAUUCGGAUCUUGUUACAGCCAAGGUCUCCGGAGAAGGGUUGAUGGCUGUACAACAAGUCCAUAAAACCAGCCAAAGAGACCAAUUUUUGAUGAAGUUGCGGCCUGAAUUUGAAGCUGUCCGUGCCUCUUUGGUGAAUAGGGAUCCCGUUCCAACUUUGGAGACAUGUUUUGGAGAACUUUUGCGUGAGGAACAACGUAUCAAUACUCAGAAUAUCAUGGAGCAAGCUCGUGUUGCGUCUAAUUCUGUCUCAGUUGCUUAUGCAGUGUAUGGUAAGGGGAAGGGUCGUGACAUGAGUACCAUACAGUGUUACAGCUGUAAGAAAUAUGGUCAUAUUGCCCCUAACUGUCUUCAGAAAUUUUGCAACUAUUGCAAGCAGUCCGGGCACAUCAUUAAGGAGUGUCCUACUCGUCCACCCCGCACUAAUAAGGCCUAUUGUGUUGCUGCCCCUGCUGACAUUACUGCUGCCCCUACUGCUAUUGCUGCAACUCCUACUUCGGCACCUUCUUUAACUCGAGAGUCUGUGCAAGAAAUGAUUGUGAGUGCAUUUUCAGCGCUUGGCCUUCAAGGAUCAGAUUUCAGGGCAGGUGAUAGCGAAGGGGCCUAAGCACGGCCGUCUCUUUUCUUUGCAACUCCCUAUUCCUUGCAGCUUAACUUCUUCCUCUAUUCUAUCCUUACUUUGCAAUGAGUCUAAAGUGUCAA